AUGGUCCGAAUCAAAUUUACUCAACCGCCGACGGCGGUCCGGCCACAGCAUGCCCAACCUCGCGCCAACCUGCCAUCGGACAGCAGCGCGCCUGCUUCUUCUCCGCCAAUUGAAACAGGAACAGCGACAGAUGCUCUGGCCAAAUUAGGCCCGGAGAAAAGCCUUGCCCUGCAGCAACAACAAAGUCUGGAGAUGGUCAAGAUCAUGCUCCACGUUUCCUUCGGAACUCUGUUUUAUCUUAGAGAGUUUUUACCGCUGCAAUGUUUUGAUGAUCGCGAUCUCAAGACGGCCCAACGGCAGCAGAAGUUCUCAUAUCGCGAGUUCAUAGACAAUAGCCUCAGCCCCAGUGUUUCCAACGGAGCUUCCGAUGGCACGUUUGGAACAGGCAAGCGAGGGCAGCCGUUGAAAAUCAUCGUCCGUGGCUCGGAACCGAAAGCCGAUAUGAUCAUUAACGUUCUGGAAACUGGUAUCUUUGAUGCUCUUAGCAUGAGCGUGCUGGAGGCGAUCCAACUCACUGUCAUUGCGGACAAGGAAGCGCCUGAAAACGUGCUAGAGUCAUAUACCUUCUCAUUCAGGUAUUCUGAAGGAGUAGGGGACUUGAACAAACGCCUAGAAACCUUGUCAAUACAGCCAUGCGGCUAUGUGGCUAACAUGAAGACCGCCCACACAGCCAGAGUGGGCCUAGAGAGCAUCGUCAGGCGCUUGAUAACUUUGAGCUCCUUUCUACCCACUCUUCCAAACAAACGUGCUCUUGGUAUCAACCUCUUCUAUACCGAAGAUUGCCCUCCUGACUACGAGCCACCUGGCUUCAGUGGUGGGAAAGAUGAUAUCAUCAACUAUCCGCUGACAGAUCAGUGGAUGAGAGAAUCCCAGGCCUGCGGAAAAAUGGAAAGCGGAUGGCACACCGUCGGCCUCAAAGUCACUUCACUCAAGUGGAUUGGACCAGAGCCUGAGGAAUCGGAGUCCAUACCACAGAUACCCUCUCAAAUCGAGUAUAAAGACGCGGUGACACGAGGCGAAGAUAUCGGAUUUGAGGAUGAAGAGAACAAGCUGCAGAACUCCCAAGGCGAAGGAAGCUCGCAAGAGGCAACGCAGGACGUUGUUGAACGAGAAAGGCUGCAGUUGAUGAUGCCUUCCCAGGAAGUACAGUCCUCAAACGUCGACUUGAUCUCCACACAGCCCGUUAAGCCGGUGCUCACCAUGGAAACCGAAGAAACGGAAACAGCAGGCGAAAGCCAGAAGUUUGCUCUUCGGAAAGAGAAGAUUGCGGAGAUACGCAAGAAGUCUAAAUCCAAGAAAAUGAAUGGCCGAGACCGGACGCCUCAGGAUCAUCUUGAAAUUAAAUGUCAAUGUGAAUGGAAUGGAGAAGAGGAAGACACGAUUACGUGCAGUUUCUGCCAUACACGGCAGCACCGACUUUGCUAUGGCUACGUCGGUGCCCACAAAUUUGCAGUCUCUGAUGUCCACGCUUGUUACCGUUGCCUGUUAGAACCGAACGAAAGCAAGGUACUCGAGAGCAUGAACAAUGUGGUGUUAUCUCGAAGGGCGAUGAACCUCAUUGCGGACGAAGGAAUUCCAACUUCUAGCCAAGUCUUCGGGCAGAAACUCCACUGCAGCGACAAAGCGGUUUCCCGACUAAAAGAGUUCCUGAAAAGGAAGGGAAUUUUCCAACCUAUUCCCGGAUACACGCCUAAGGAGAGCGUACGCAGAGGCCUGCCACCGUACCGCGUUCCUGACAAAGAGAGUGUGCGGCAAACUAUUGAAGAGGACAUCAUGAACCCCAUGUCGAAAAUUCAGCAUCAUUACACCAUAGAAUAUGUCCCUAGCUCCGUCGAGGAGCUCAGUCCGCCGUCCACUAGCCAAGCCAACGGCCUGAGCAAGUCAGCUUCUCAAGUCAGUGUCGUACUAAGAAGAAGCAACAGAUCAGGCGACCAACGAGCGAACGAGGCUCAAGACAAAUCUAAAGGCUCAUCACCUCAAGCUUCCAGCUCUCAGCGUCGGACAAGAUCAUCCAACGCCCAUAGUGUCAUUGCAGACCGCCGUCGCCGGAGCGAGGCCAACCAGACCCUCCUUACGCCGCAGCCCGUCAACAAAGACACACCAAUAUCGACUCGCAAGAGAACCAGGUCUUCCCAGAACGGUCCGGAGCCCCGUCCUGUCACCCCAUCACAGUCCCCAACCACAGACCAAGAGCGCGAGAGUGAGGGCCUCCGGCGCAGCGCGCGAAGAAAGAGACGCAAGAUUAGCAACUACUCCAAACUUCUUGACGUUGGCGCGGAGUCAAGUGGCAACGAAUGA